GGACACGUCACAUGUUUGGUGGGCCAAGUCGAGAUCUAGGUGAAAAACUAUAUAGCAAACGUGUGUGACCUCGUAGUAAAAAAUGGAAACCAGCUGGGGCACUCAGACAUCAUGUGUGAUAUGCACAUAUUUCUUAGGAUUUUUGGACCUGUUCGCGAUCAGCCUGAUCCUGCCGUUGAUGCUGACGCACGGCGAGAGUCUGGGCGCGUCGCCGAUGCUGAACGGCCUGGUGGGCUCCGUGUACGGUGGCCUGCAGCUCGUCUCGAGCCCACUCUGCGGGAGCUUAAGCGACCAGUACGGCCGGUCGCCGGUGCUACUGGUCUCGCUGUUCGCCUGCUGCAUCAGCUACCUCGUGCUGGCAUUCUCGGAGACCAUCAUCAUGCUCGUGAUCGCCAGGGUGCUCUCCGGAAGCUUCAAGCACACGCAGACGCUGUGCCGGACGCUGCUGGUGGACCUGCGGCCGCCCUCCGAGCGGCAGACGGCCAUCGGCUGGUUCAACGCCGUCUCCAGCAUGGGCUUCAUCGUGGGCCCCCCGAUCGGCGGGCAUCUGGCGGAGCUGGACGGCGGCUUUAGGCUCGUCACCCUGCUCUGCGCCAGCCUGUUCUGCGUCAUGUUCGUGCUGGCCUGCUUGCUAGUCCGCGACGGCCCGCGCAACCGGCACACGGCCGGCGCCGCCGCGCUGGGCGAGUCGCUCGCCUCCUUCCGCGACGUGCGCUGGGCCGACACAGCCGACCUCAUGCUCGUCCGCUUCUUCUACGCCUUCGCCGUGCUGCUGUUCCGCUCCAACUUCUCGUCGACGGCGAGCCGGCUGUAUGGGCUGACGCCGGUCGUGCUCGGCUACCUGAUGUCGUUUCAGGGCGUGGUGAGCGCCGGCGCCGGCCUGCUCAUUGGCCCGGUGGAGCGGCUCUGCGGCGACCGGCUCACCGAGCUGGUCGUUACGUCAGCCGCCUUCUGCGCCUCCCUGCUGGCCGCCAGCCUGGCACCCGACCUGCGCUGGCUGACGGCGGCGCUCGUGCCGCUGUGCGCGUGCACGUCGUCGCUGCGCGCGUGCGGCACGGCACUGACGCUGGACCGCACGCCGCCGGCGCACCACGGCCUGGUGAUGGGCGCCAGCCAGAAUAUCGCGGCGCUGGCGCGUCUGCUGCAGCUGGGCGGCUGCCGUCCAGAGCUGGCCACGGCGGGAUGGAGUGCUGGCGCGUGUUGUGUGGGCAUGUGA